UUUUGUUCAGUGGAGGGACUGCUGUUUGUCAGCCAUGCUAAAGGGCAAGUGAUGGAGAUAAGCAUGAGAUCACCGUGGCACAGCUGCAUGUGUAGUCGCUCUUGAAGCAAUUGCACACCUAAUUGGCUGACAAUCUUGGCAUUUUCAAAACAAACACAAGACUUGCACAGACAGGGGGCGUAUUUAUGUAUGAAUAGUCCAGUAAACCUGUUGGGUGUCACCAAUGGAGCCCUCUGGCACUGAACAGUUGUGUGAUGACCCUGAUCCCGGAGGCAGAUCCCAAGAUCAAGAGACCAAAAAGCAACAUGAAUCAGAGCAAAAAUUAUCCAAAAUAACCCAUAAUGCUUUGGAGAACAUUAAUGUGAUUGGCCAAGGCUUGAAGCACCUUUUCCAGCAUCAGCGCAGGAGGUCGUCGGUUUCUCCGCACGAUGUUCAGCAAGUUCAGGCCGACCUGGAGCCUGACGUGGAUUUGGAAAGCCAAAGCGUCUGUGCUGACACUGAUGGUGUCUCCACCCACCCCACAGCUCUGAACCGGGUGCUUCAGCAGAUCAGAGUGCCACCUAAAAUGAAGAGGGGGACCAGCCUGCACAGCAGGCGGGGCAAGGCAGAUGCCCCGAAGGGGAGCCCGCAGAUCAACAGGAGGUCUGCCCAGGAUAUUCAGGCAGGUCGGCCCAGAUCGUCAUCUACUACGGACGCUCCCACAAACUUGUCCGUGAUGGAGAUUGCUGCUUCUAUCUAUGUAGGUGGAGAGGAGGCUGCAGCAGCA